AUGGCCGAUGUUAUUGAUGAUGUUAUGGAAGGUGUGAUUGAAAAUGAUACCAACUGCAACGAAGGGAACCUAGAUACAGACGGUAGAGGUGUUGAUGUUGGAUUUCAAAAGCUGUUAGAGGAAGUCCAAUUCAAAUUAUAUCCUGGAUGUUCGUUUUCGUCCCUUGACUUUUUAGCAAAGUUGAUGCAUAUCAAGGUGAUCAACAAAUGGACUGAUAGUUCAUUCGAUCAGCUUCUUGAGUUGUUUCAAACUACAUUUCCUGAAGGAAACAGGAAAGAGCAUGAGUUGUUGCAAAAAUGUCCAGUUUGUAAUGAGAGUCGGUGGGUUGAUGAAAAUACAAAGGGUAAGAAGGUGGCUCAUAGGGUUUUACGAUACUUUCCUGUGACCCCCAGACUACAACGUUUGUACUGUUCAAGACACACAGCUAAAGAUAUGAUUUGGCAUAGUACCGAACAAUCCAAAGAUAGUACGAUGAUUCAUCCCGUUGAUGGUACUUCAUGGAAAAAAUUUGAUAUGAAGUAUCCUGACUUCUCGAGGGAACCCCAAAACGUACGCUUAGGGCUUGCUGCUGAUGGUUUUAAUCCGUUUGGUAACAUGUGUAAUCCUCACAGCACGUGGCCUGUCAUACUCACCACUUACAAUCUUCCACCAUGGCUAUGCAUGAAAGAGUCAUCUUUCAUGUUGACCUUGUUGAUUCCCGGUCCCAAAGCACCCGGGAAGGACUUGGAUGUGUUCCUUAGGUCGUUGGUGGAUGAGUUGAAGCAGUUAUGGAGUUUUGGAGUACGUACUAAAGAUGUAGCGACAAAUACAUUCUUCAAUUUGAAAGCGAUGUUGUUAUGGACAAUAAACGACUAUCCCGCUCGUAGUAGUUUAUCCGGUUGGAGCGGACAAGGGUACAAAGCUUGUCCGACUUGCAACAAAGACACCUCGUCAUACCGAGUAUCAAAUAAAGUCAUAUAUAUUGGUCAUCGCCGAUUCUUAGAUGCUGACCAUCCAUGGAAAAAAAGUUUGGACUAUAAUGGCAAACAUGAGACAAGAGGUCCUCCAAGAAAGUUUUGUGAGGAAGAAAUACAAGCGCAACACGCUCGUCUAUUGUUUCGUCCACCGGGUAAAGUAGCUGCUCAACAAGCUGGUAUUAAGAGAGAUUGUGAGGAUUUCGAGUUGAAUUGGUCCAAAAAGAGCAUAUUCUUUGAACUUGAGUAUUGGUCUUCUCUGGAGCUGAAGCACAACUUCGAUCUUAUGCAUGUUGAAAAAAAUGUGGGUGAGAGUCUUGUGGGUACUUCUCUGAUGAAUGAUAAGUCUAAAGACACAUCAAAUGCUCGGGCGGACUUGACAAAACUGAACAUUCGGAAAAGUCUAUGGUUGAAAAAGAAUGGAAACAAGUUCCAUAAACCCCAUCCACCUUACUCGUUCACGAAACCUGACCGCAUUCGUUUUUGUAAGUUUAUAAGAAAUGUGAAACUGCCAGAUGGGUUUGGAUCUAACAUCGGUAAGAAAGUGAAUGAAACCAAUACUAACAUUAUUGGGUUGAAUUCUUAUUAUUAUCACAUUCUUAUGCAACGUUUGUUACCCAUUGGAGUUAAAGGUCUUUUGGGGAAAGGUGUUUAUACACCAAUAAUAGAGUUUUGUAUGUUUUUCAAGCAACUUUGCUCAAGAACAUUGUCGGUGAAGGAUAUGAAAGAAGCGAAACCAGCCAUUAUUAAAAUAUUGUGCAAAUUAGAAGUGAUCUAUCCUCCUACGUUUUUUGACAUUAUGGUUCAUUUAGUUUUGCAUUUACCUGAUGAAGCAAUUUCUGGAGGCCCAGUAUGUUUGAGAUGGAUGUAUCCCUUUGAAAGGUAUAUGAAAAAACUAAAAAACUAUGUCAGAAACAAGGCGAGGCCGGAAGGUUCUAUAGCUGAGGGUUAUGUCGCUGAAGAGGCAUUAUCAUUUUGUUCGAUGUACCUUGAAGAUGUUGAGACUUGA